AUGUCUUUCGACGUCUUCUCUGAAGGAGGCAACAACACGCGCCAGUCGCAUACACAAAUGAAGCGCAUCCUCGAAGAGCUGGCUGACAACUUUUCAGCUGAGCUCAAGCACAUUCGCCAGGAGGAGGUACACUCCUGCGAAACGCAUCAUCAACACGUUUCCCCCGUCAUCCAAGAGUCGAAAGCAGCUGGAGAAGCCAGCUCAAGCCAGGUCAACAAUACCUGGAAGUGGACUCCUGGCUCUACCGAGUUCGAGGCCGAAUGGGCUCGAUUGCCAUCCGCCAUCACAUCCUUGCCGAGCUUGGUCAAGAUCAAAGAGCUCGUCCUGCGCAACUCCACCGGAAAAGCAUCCUUCCAGCGCUCAUUGAUUGUCUUGCCCAAUGGCAUUGAUCGAUGCUUUCUCACGCGACCCACCUUCCGACACGUGCUCAAAGAUCUGUACACCAUAGGCGACGACCAACUGUCCGACUCCUUCGAGCAUCGAGAAAUGUUUCAGCCCAACGCAGACAUCAUCUCUUUCACCGAAACACUGUGGGAAACGCACUUCAGUGUACCCCGCAACCUCUUUUGGUAUGCGGCACGAGCUCCUAGAUCAGAGAUUGUUGCAAAAUGUACUCAGGUACAAAUGGGUAUGCGCACCGCCGGUCAACUAGGUCUGUCGAUCCUGGCCGAGGAAUUCCCUGUCAACGUGGUGCAUUGCGCUCUGGCGGGAACCAGACGAUCCCUCACAUUUGUGGGACCAUCCUCAGGGUUGCUCUACAUGGUGGUCCAGGGCUCGCUGCUCCUGAUCUCCUGGCCUUACUCGGAACGCAACUUUGACACCUGGCACCGCCUCAGUUGCAACGACGACGAUAGCCAGUCCGCUUAUCUCGACGUUCUCGAGCAGCCUUACAUCAACAUGCUACGCGACGGUGAUGCGGCCUAUCUUGGCGCUGGUACUACCCACCUGAUGCUAGCGCUCUCGCAUGUGAGUCUGAUCAGUCGAGAGAUUCUCAAUCCCGCACCGGACGAGCUCAACACUGUCAUGACCUGCUGCAAUCGGCUCUUGGAUCGCUUCAUCGAACAGCAAAAAGAUGACCAUUCACCUUGUGAUGAUCUGGGGGUGACGAGAAUGCAAAACAACAAGAAGUGCUGGGAUAAGCUCGCAACGCAUGUUCGCGGACGUAAGGCUCUCAUCGAAGGAACACCAGCGGAUGAGCCACCCAACUAUUCACCUUUCGAAGAGAUCGACGAGUUCGGUCCACUUCUGAAGGCCUUCAAAGGAGGCAUGAAGAAGCUGGGCAAGAAGAUUCAUCAAUACUGUACGUUGGUGGAUGCAACUUCCUCACCGACUGCGAAAUGCGAUACCGAAGGAAGCUAUGUUGUGCAUGACAGGGCACGCGACACUCUGUUCCAUCUAAUAAAGCUCACCUUGUUGGAAGAAGACGGCGGCGGUACAAGCGGCAACUCGGCCUGUAUUCCUUUGGCAGAGGAAAGCCACCCUCGACGCGUACGCAAGACGACUCAGAAGGGCAAGCAGCGAGUGCCUAGCUGA